AUGUAUAUUUCAAAGCCGUCAAAACCAAUUGAUCGACAAAAAACAACACCUUUUUUACUUAGAAUUUUUUGUAAAAUUGGGGGAUUUCACUCAAUUGAAGAAUUUCAGCCAGAAAGCCAGCCAGUUGCAGAUGAAGUUCAAAUUUAUACAUGGAAAGAUGCAAGUCUUUAUGAGCUUGCUCAACUUCUUGCUAAAGCAAUUCCUAAUAAUAAUAGCACACGAUUUUCAUUUCGUCUUAUCUAUAAUGAUAAUUAUAAAGAAAAAUAUUUAACAAAAGACAUUGGUCACGUUUUGCUUUUCUCCAGAGGAUUAGAAGCAAAUAAAACCCUGGAUGAUGUUCGAUUUGUUAUAGGAGAUUGGAUUGAUGUAGCUAUCAAUAAUGAUGAAGGACCUAAGACUCGAACAUUAAAUCGAGGUUUUGGAAGAGGACGAACAAAUACAUUAACAAAAGGAAGAAAUCAUCCGUAUCCUGACUUGCCUCCAGGAAGAGAUUGGAGAAAAAGAGAUACUGAUGGAAAUCAUGGACGCGGACGAUUAGAACCUUAUAAAGGAAGAUGGUGA